AUGAAUUUUCUUUUUUAUUUGGCUAUUUUAUUAGUUUACUUAUCUUCUGGAGAAAUUCUGCCUUCAUUAGCCAAGAAACUAAAGCAAAAACAGUCAAGUCCUCUUUUAGAACUCAUAGACAAAGAAGUGCAUAACAUUUUGGAGAAAAGCAAAGAUGAGUGGCUGGUUCUUUUUUAUGACUCUGAUUUUCCUGCUUCAAAUAUACUGAUUAAUGCUUGGAAAAGAAUGGCUAUAAUGCUAGAAAACGAAGAUUAUCUGAUAAACAUUGGAACGGUAGACCUAAGGCAGAAUAAUACAUCUGCCUUUUCUAGGCUGAAACUUUAUAGGUUUCCUUGUGCGAUCGUAAUUAAAGGAGGUUUCUACUAUAACUACACUGGGACACUUGAUUACUACUCUAUUAUGAAUUUAGUUAAAAAUCAAACGUAUUAUUCAUAUACUCAAAUACCUGUACCUCCACCUUUUGGGUAUAUAGAUUUAGCCAAACUUUUUGUGAAAGCGCUAACCUCUGACAAUUUUGAAACCAGGAUGUAUUUAUUAGCGCUAGGAGCCAUCAUUAUUUUUUCAAUCCUUGUUUGGUGUCGUUGUUUAUUCUAUAGAACUAAAGAAGAAGAGGAAGAAGAGCUAAAAGAGCUGAAAGACUUAAAAGAGGAUUAA